UUGUCUGCUUCAACUUUCCCUUCUCUCCUCUUUCUUCCUCUUUCAGCUGUUGAGUGGAGAUCGCGUUUCACACAGUUCCGGAAAAAAGAUGGGUAUUGUUGAGAGGAUAAAAGAAAUUGAAGCCGAGAUGGCUCGAACCCAGAAAAAUAAGGCCACAGAGUACCAUCUUGGUCAGCUCAAGGCAAAGAUUGCAAAGCUAAGGACACAAUUACUAGAGCCACCGAAAGGUUCUAGUGGAGGUGGAGAUGGUUUUGAAGUUACAAAAUUUGGUCAUGGACGUGUUGCACUAAUAGGAUUUCCAAGUGUGGGGAAAUCAACCCUUUUAACCAUGUUAACUGGAACACAUUCAGAAGCUGCAUCUUAUGAGUUCACAACACUUACAUGCAUUCCUGGUAUCAUACAUUACAAUGAUACUAAGAUUCAACUGCUGGAUCUUCCUGGAAUUAUUGAAGGUGCUUCUGAAGGCAAAGGGCGUGGGAGGCAGGUUAUUGCUGUUGCUAAGUCAUCGGAUCUUGUUCUUAUGGUUCUUGAUGCCUCUAAAAGUGAGGGUCAUCGCCAAAUAUUAACCAAGGAACUGGAAGCUGUGGGUUUGCGUUUAAACAAGAGACCACCUCAAAUAUAUUUCAAAAAGAAAAAAACUGGGGGAAUCUCAUUCAAUAGUACAUUACCUUUAACUCAUGUGGAUGAGAAACUCUGUUAUCAAAUUUUACAUGAAUACAAAAUUCACAAUGCAGAGGUUCUAUUUCGUGAGGAUGCCACAGUGGAUGAUCUUAUAGAUGUCAUUGAAGGAAACCGCAAAUACAUUAAGUGUGUUUAUGUUUACAACAAGAUAGAUGUCAUUGGUAUUGAUGAUGUGGAUAAGUUAGCUCGGCAACCUAAUUCUGUUGUAAUAAGCUGCAAUCUGAAGCUGAAUUUGGAUAGAUUACUUUCAAAGAUGUGGGAAGAGAUGGGGCUUGUUCGAGUAUAUACAAAGCCCCAAGGGCAGCAACCUGAUUUCAGCGAUCCUGUGGUCCUUUCUACUGAUCGGGGUGGCUGCUCGGUGGAAGAUUUCUGCAAUCACAUUCAUAGAAGUUUGAUAAAGGAUGUCAAAUAUGUUCUGGUCUGGGGCACAAGUGCAAGGCACUUCCCUCAACAUUGUGGCCUUAGCCAUGCUCUGCAGGAUGAAGAUGUUGUUCAGAUUGUCAAGAAAAAGGAAAAAGAUGAAGGAGGGAGAGGCCGCUUCAAAUCACAUUCGACAGCCCCUGCACGGAUAUCUGAUAGAGAGAAAAAGGCUCCAUUGAAGACCUAACAUGAGAAGAUCUGUCAGCAUGAAGCCUCUAGAGUUACCCUUUUUUUCUGUUGUAUUUUAAGUAAUAUCAUCUAUUAGGUAGCUGUAUUUUGAUAUACACUUGGAUGCAAUUUUUGGUCUUUUACACUACAAUCCAGUUCUCUGGAAAAAAAAUUGACAAUCUUCAGGCAGAAGGCAGAGGUUGUAAGCUUCAAAGGUGAUUUGUCUUGUUUUCUGUUAUUAUGUUAUAAAGACUACGGAAAUCUCUGCAAGAAACUAGUGUCUUGUUGCUCGGAGGCUUAUUUAUUUGAACAAUUAACAAGU